GACAAACACUGAUCUUUUCAUGAUUGGAUGGCAGAAAGACAAUAUCUUCCCGGAGUUGGUUGGGGAAGUAAUUUUUACACAUAGGGGGCCAACUCCGAAGCACGGUUGGGAUCGAACGGAUUGCCACGUUCAAAUUGGCAGAGAAGGAGAAAAAGAAACAAUUUCUAUAUUUUCUUGGAAGAAUUAUUCUGAUCGUCUACAAGAAGCAAAACUACAUGAUGUAAUUUUUGAAAAAAAAUUUUUUUUAAUAUAA